AUGACUAUCCAAUACUUGGACGGCAAAGGUUCCGAUCUCUUCAAACCCCUGACUAUUUCAAAUGGCAACAUUACCCUCGAACAUCGUGUCGUCCAUGCACCUCUGACCCGCAACCGCGGAGAGCCAUUGAAACCUACCAGCACCCCAGAUCACCCCAAUCGUAUCUGGAUCCCUGGAGAUGCGGUUGUGGAGUAUUAUUCCCAGCGUGCUACCAAAGGUGGCUUGAUAAUCUCGGAAGGGAUCCCACCAUCGCUCGAGAGCAAUGGAAUGCCCGGAGUACCCGGUCUGUUCAACUCCGAACAAGCCGCGGGAUGGAAACGUGUCGUGGAUGCCGUUCACGCAAGGGGAGGCAUUAUCUUCUGCCAGUUAUGGCACGCUGGCCGUGCAACGAUCCCUCAAAUGACUGGAUCGCCCGCGGUUUGCCCCUCGGCCUCUGUGUGGGAUUCCGCGACGGAAUGUUAUUCGCAUCCGCCCGUCGGGUCCACCGAGCCCGUGCCAUACGCCAAUCAUCCGCCUAUCGAAAUGACGGUGGAUCACAUCAAACAAACUAUCGACGAUUAUUGCAUUGCCGCUAAGACUGCUAUGGAUAUUGGUUUUGAUGGUGUUGAGAUCCAUAGCGGUAAUGGUUACCUGCCGGAGCAAUUUUUGAGCUCCAACAUCAACAAGCGUGAGGAUUCUUACGGCGGUACUCCAGAGAAGCGCUGCCAGUUUGUGUUUGAAUUGAUGGAGCAGGUGGCGAGGACCAUUGGUGAGCACAAUCUCGCUAUUAGAUUGUCGCCGUUUGGUAUGUUCAAUCAAGCCCGCGGUGAACAGCGUGUUGAGACUUGGACUCACCUGUGUGAGGGUCUGAAAAAGACUCUCCCGUCGCUGUCGUAUGUCAGCUUUAUUGAGCCGCGUUACGAACAAAUCUUUGGCGCCGAAGAAAAGGAUAAGUUCCUCGAGAGCUGGGGUCUGUUGGAUGUGACCCUUGAUCGUUUCCGCCAGAUAUUUGGUUCCACUCCGUUCUUCUCCGCUGGUGGGUGGGACGACCAAAACUCCUGGGGAGUAGUGGAAUCGGGUAAAUACGAUGCUCUGUUGUAUGGCCGAUACUUUACCAGCAACCCAGAUCUGGUGCACAGACUGAAGGAAAAGAUCCCCAUGGCUCCAUAUGACCGAACUCGGUUUUAUGGACCAUUUGAGGACAAGACCUUCCAUUAUACAGAUUACCCUACUGUGGAUCAGAAGGUGAUUGCAUAG